AUGUCAUAUAUCCAGAGACUAACGAUAUCAAAAUUCAACAGUUAUCAUUUGGCUGCAUCAUAUGAUCGUCACUCAAUAUUAGAUAUGUUAUGUCGACAUGAUGUAACAAACAUCAACCCUGUAAAUGUUAACAACCGCACACCAUUACAUUAUGCUGAAUUGUAUGGUCACAUCUCAUGUGUGGACGUUUUGUUGCGUCAUAAAAAUAUUGAUGUGAUGAUCAAAGAUAAUCAUGGAGGAACAGCUUAUGAUUGUGCUGGAGGGAGGUUGAAAAAACAAAACUGGGAAAUAAUAAGACGAAAAUUAAAAGAAUACGAAAGACAGCGGAAUAAAAAAGAGAUAAAGUGUGAUGUGUGUGAACAUGCCAACCUGGGCGUUGGCGAAAGCUUGCUGAAAGAUAUAUUUGGAUAUAUCUAA